UGGGGCAAAACUCCCAUGGAAGAGCAGCUCCCUCCUCUUCUGUCGUUGGAUGAUUGGGAUAUUGAUGGGUUUUAUAACGAGACCAUGCCGUUGCCGUCGGCACCGGCGCCGGCGCCGGAGGUUAGACAAGAAAUGCAGUUUCCGGUGGAGCUCGUCAACUCCGACAACAAUCCUUCUCCAAUGGUGUUGCUGGAGUUAUCCUCCGACGACGACGUGGCGGAGACAACAACAACGAACGUCCUUCUUUCCGACGUCAGCUCGGCAGUGAAUUUGCCGGAGAGACCUGGCGCUGAAGAAGCUGGCAGUGGCAAUUUACCUGUCAGGCGUUGGACCAAGGACGAACACAUGCUAUUUUUGAUGGGACUGGAGAAGUACGGAAAUGGAAAUUGGAAAGAAAUUGCAACAGAAUUUGUGGUCACAAGAACAUCCACCCAGGUGGCCAGCCAUGCCCAGAAGUACUGCAAGUACCGCCAAAACCCUAAUAUAAACCAGCGAAAUGGGAAGAGCUGCAGGUCCAAGUCCAGUAUUUUCGACAUCACGGCCGUAGAUCCCCACUCUAGGGUGCGCCUACUUCGCCGUCGUCGUGCACCGGCUGCCAUUCAACCACCGUUGCCGCCGCUGCAGGUUCAACAAUUUACCAUUACCAAUUACUACCCUCCACCUCACCAACAAAACUAGGUUAUCAACCAUUACUCAUUCGAGUUUCGAUUUAGCUUGCUAUGUUUUUAACUCAAUUAUACUCAAUCUUGCAUUUGGAUCAAAAUUUUGAAUUUUGCUGAAAGUGUUAAGCUUUAAUUAGGAGAUGUAUUUCCUAUAUAUGAGGCGUCAAAGUUUCUAAGGGUCGGGGAAAGUAUUAAGCUUUGGAGGUGUAUAAUUGUAGGGAUAGUAUAUGAGAUAAUUUGCAAUUUCUUUUGGUCAGGUGUUCUAGUUCUGUAUUUACUUUAGUA